AAAAACCAGAGUGGGAGGAAAAAGUGGGAGGAGGAUGCAUCCUGCCCGCCUCCUCUUUCUCAGGAACUAAGGGGGAGGAGAGAUUCAAGUGAGCGGAGGGGGUGUGUGUAUCUCCAGUCAUUUGUUAUCGCUGUCUUAAAAAACUUAUUAAAUAAGGAAACACGUCCACGAUGUCUGGGCGCUCUGUGGUCUCCUUCAGCGCUGUGGAUGCCUGCCUUUCGUCUCUGAAAACCUGCCAGUCCAGCAUAAGUACCGGAAUGGACAUUGCUACAACCGUUGCUCUGGACCUUGUGCAAAGUAAAAACGACAUGAAAGAGGUUGACGAAAUGGAAAGAGUGAUGUUGGAAUACGCUGCAAUGAGCAGAGAAAUGAACCACUAUAUGGAAGCAGUUGAAGACACGGUGAAUCAGCUAAAGCGAGACAAGCCGGAAACAUUGCCAGAUUUGAAAAACGUAGUUGAAGAGAAGUUUAAAGCCUUGGAAAGCAGAAACAGUGACCUUGACUUGCAAGGGAAUGAGAAAUUUGCCCACUUUAAGGAGCAGCUCAGGCAGAUGAAGGCUCAGUGUAAGUCUUUUAUUUAUCACCAUGCUUGGAAAGUUCUGAGAAGGUACAAACAGCUGAUCCCCUCUCUUAGCUCUGCCUCUCACUAUGAACCUUGAGCAGGGAAGCGACUCUUAGGUGAGGUUCCCAGCAAAAAAGGAAUUUAAUCUCCCUGCGUCGUUCCCACCAGGCUGCCCUUCAGGAUGAGCUAAGGUGAAACAGGAUAUUGCCAAAAAUUCCC